UGAAACUACGAGCAGGGAGGAGGGAGAAGCUGGUUCUCUGUCCCAAGAGGUGGAGCGGGUGGGGGCCUGAAUGUCUCUACUCUCUUCCCUCCCCCCUUUGGCCAAUACCUGGAGAAGAGGAGUGGUCACGACGGGGCUCUUUAAACCAGAGGGCGGCUUAGUUUUUAGGAUGGCUCCAAAGCCACCAACCCUUUGAGCGUGUGAGGAGGCGCUUUCCUUCUUCCUUUGCUGGAGGAGCGGGCCUCGCAUAUUACUUGGUGCUAUUGGGACUCGGUUGCUUGACUUCUGGCUGGUAUCUCUCAGCCGGGAAACUUCGCAGGCUCUUCCAUAUCGCCUUGAAUACAACUAAAUAUAUUUUCGGCAUCUUUUCUGCACACCCCACCUUGCAUUUGCCUUUUCCUUGGGCUUUUCUAUCCCCGCUGACUUGGAUUUCUUCUCCCCUCACUUUUUUUUUUAAAAGAAACCUGCAGUAGUGAGAAUCUGGCGCUUCUUAUCCUGGAUGCAGCGUGUCUCCUACUCACUUUUUAACUAGCUGCUGGUCAGCUGGCUCCGCUUUUUGCCAUCAUAACCCCCCCCCCGCACCCUUUUCUCAUCCCAAACAGAAUCGACUGUGAACUGUGAGUAGUACUAAAGUUGGCUUCGGUUUAGAGUCGCUGGUGGCAAGAUCCUCUUAGUGGUUGCAAGAACUGAAGAAAAGAGAAGUUCGGUUUGGUGAACCUUUGGGUGGUGGCGAAGAAAGAUUUAGGGCCUGCGGGGUUUUUUUGGCUGUGUGGAUCGUGCCUCGGUUAGCAUCACUACAUCAGUUUUGAGAAGUAGUUAAGUUCCCCACCUCUUUCUCAGGUACCGUUGACUGUCUCCAAAUUAGAAGGGAGAGCUAUACUUCCUGCUGGACAUUUGAGGUUUUAACAUCACUCUUUGAAAAUAAGUCAACCAUGGCUGGCCACUUGGGCCGAGAAUUAGGUCGCCCAUAUCCUUUCCCUGUCCAAGGCCUCCACCUCACCAAUCUCCCUGCUGCCCCUCACCAUGAAGCUACAGGAGGCUUCUUGCCUGAAGCCUUUAACGGGGCAGCCUUUGGACAGGGAUUUGGGUUCAAGCCUGAUUAUGGACCCCAGGGAGGGAUGAUGGAGUCCCACCCUGGUGGAGAAGCUCCCCGAACUUGGUACACUUUUCCUGCAGGUGGGGAUGCCUGGAGUCACCACCCUGGGGUUGUGAUGGGGCCUUAUGGGAUCCCUCAGUCUGGGGAGCCCUGCCAAGGCCCAAAGCCUGACAUCAAGGUGGAGCCUGACUUUGACCAGCCAGGGCCCUCCUAUGCACACUCCUGGACAGGAGGAUGCCUUGCACCUACCACCUCUGCCUGCAACGCACCUGGUGAUAGCAGGGAGGCUGCCUCACCUGGCAGUGAGCCUCAUUCUUCCAGCAGUCCAGCUAGCCAGGUUGAGGAGAUGGGCAGUGCUGACAUCAGUCCCAGCAGUGAUGGUAGCAGCAGUCCAGGUGGGCAGGCGGCCUGUGGAGAAGUCAAGGAAGAUGGUGGUAGUGGAGAUGAGAUUGCGGGGAGCACCCACAGAAUGCCUCCUACUGAAGAUUUUAACAUACUGGAUCCUGUUACCUCGGAGGAACUGGAAGAGUUUGCCAAGGUGCUGAAGCACAAAAGGAUCUCGCUGGGUUUUACUCAGGCAGAUGUGGGACUGGCCCUGGGCCUGCUGUAUGGGAAGAUGUUCAGCCAGACCACAAUCUGCCGCUUUGAAGCCUUGCAGCUCAGCUUCAAGAAUAUGUGCAAACUGAAGCCCCUCCUCCAGCGCUGGCUGGAAGAGGCUGAUACCAACGAGAACUUGCAGGAGCAGCUCUGCUCCAUGGAGUCGGCCAUGAUCCAGGCUCGGAAACGCAAACGUACCAGCAUUGAGAACAGCGUGCGGGGCACACUCGAGUCUUAUUUUCUGCGCUGCCCCAAGCCCAACGUGGAGGAGAUCGGGCAGAUUGCUGAUGACCUCAGCCUGGAGAGGGAUGUUGUCCGUGUCUGGUUCUGCAAUCGUCGUCAGAAGGGCAGACGCAACUUAGGAGCGAGCCCUCGGGAAGAAUAUGAUGGCUCUGGCCUACCGCCACCCUUUACUCAUAGCUCACGCCAAGCUCCGCCCCCUGGGCUCAGUCCUGCCCACCACCAGCUGGCCCCACAACACCAGGGCUACAAUGGAGCUGCGUUCGCUGCCCUUUAUCUCCCCCCAUUCCGUGAAGGGGACGCCUUUGUCCCUGGCACAUCUGGCUCUGCAGUCAUGGGCCAUCCAAUGCAUUCAAGCUGAAGAGUCUUUUUUAAACAAGCUUCUCCCUCCUAAGCCUUAAUAAGGGAGGUUGUCCCCUGGCCGCUUUCUGCUUCUUAAUAUUUCUAACUAGGAAGCCUUUAGGAAGGGAAGGGCCUAAUUCUUGUCUUUUUUGCUUUUUAAAUCAGGGAGGCAGGACUUCUCAGUGGAACUCAAGUUUUAUCAAGGUUCUUCAGUGUCUAGUUUUUAUUUUAAACAUGAUUUUAAAUUACUACUCACCACAUUGCCAGGGUAAAAGGUGCUUCUGGAAGUAUUAAUAGGGAUUUUUUUUUUAAAUCUAGCUUGCUGGAACCUUCUUGCUAAUCUCCAUUGUGGCUCUUGUAUGGUAAACUAGGAGGAAAUUGGAAUCCAGGCAUGUUCUCUCUCUUCCCCAUCCCCUUCAAGAAUAAUUUACCACUACCUUCCCUAGCCUGGUGCUCUCCAGAUGUUUUGGACUACCAUCAGCCCAAGACAGCAUAACUAUUCUGUCUAGGUCUGAUAGAAGUUGUAGUCCAACGCAUCUGGAGGGCACCAGGCUUGGGAAGGCUGAUCUGCAUUGAUGAGGUGCAAACGACAGUUGUGUUGUUGAAUUUCCCUGCGUUCAACAAUUCCCAGGGAGAAGGCUAAGCUGGCCAUAAUUUCUUCUAUGGAAGAAGCAUUCUUCUGUUCUGAAGUGUACAGUCCAGAAACAGUUUUUAGGGUGUGUUGUGCUCUUCUGUGUUAACUAGGCCUGUGGUUGGGUUGUGCCUAUUUUACUAGAAAACAUUAGUUAGCAGGCCCAUGGGAAGUUUUAGAGUGAGCAGGAAGGAUGCUAUUGAUCUGGAAGAGUCAUUUAGGAAUGUCUCCUGAAUUGGAUUCCUCUUUAGGCCUCCUACCAUCACUAGGUCAUUCUAGAUGCUGACUUCUUCUCAUGAGCCACAUGGACAGAGAAACAAAGUUAGAGUUUCAAAACCAAAAUUGGUUUACAAAAUCGGUGUGUGUUGGAGAUUUAUUGUCAGGGAUGGGGAUAUUUGAAUGCAUGUCUUUUCCUCAUCUGAAAAUUCAGGAUGUUCCUUUGGGGUUCUAGAAAAGCCUUCCCCAACCUUGGGCCCCCAGAUGAUGUUGGGCUACAACUCCCAUCAUCCCUGACCAUUGGCCAUGCUGGCUGGGGAUGAAGUGCAUUGUGGUCCAACAUAAUUUGGGGACCCAAGGUUGGGAAAAGCUACUCUAGAAUAUCUACAUCUCCUCUAAAACUAACGAUGCAGAAUAUUAAAUCGGCACCUUCCUCCAUAUGUUUGGAAUGUAUUUGUCCCUUUUGUUCCAGACCUUACCUCACUCACAAAUUGUGGGAACAUUUGAAACAAUGCAUUUAAAAGCCAAAAACAAGAUAAAAAAAGACAUCUGAUUUCCUUGUCACUCCCUUUCCCAUUUCUUUGCUACAGUAUUCAAUAUUUCCUGUCGCCUCUCGUAUGGGAGAAGCAUGGUGGUUGUGGUGGUGUUCUUUAAAACAAAAGACUCAUAAUUUGGUCUCUUAAGUUUUAUAAUGUGCUGUUGGCACUCUGAAUUGUACGCAUGCCAUUUCUCAUAAGAGACCCCUAUUAAAAAAAAUGCUAAUUA